AUGUCCAGUCUACAGAUCGCCGAUCACGACAUCUCUGAUUGUACGGGGAAGACCGUGCUUAUCUCAGCACCACACGACACAGGUGGAUGUUCUGGCAUUGGGUUUUCAGCCGGUAAACUCUUCGCUGCGCAUGGCGCAAGAGUGCUUUUAUUAGACCGAAACCCCCCUGCAGAGCCCCUCAAUUCGAGUCGGUUAGAGUACUUCCCCUGCGAUGUGACUAGCUGGUCGGAUUUGUUAGCCGCUUUCCAACAUGCAGGACGCGUCGAUGUUGCAGUCGCCAACGCUGGCGUGUCUGAAGAAGCGGACUACUUUGCCGAUACCUUUGACGAGGCGGGUGCUUUGGUUGAGCCUGCUUACGGAGUAUUGGACGUGAAUUUGCGCGGGGUCUUGAAUUUUACCAAGUUGGCGAUCAGUUCAAUGCGACGACUUCAUGUAUCUGGAAGCAUUGUCAUUACUUCUAGUGCCACGGCUUAUUCACCAGAGCAUUCAUUGCCGGUAUACAGUGCUGCCAAGCUAGCUUUGGUUGGUUUGAUUCGCGCUCUUCGCUCGUCCCUCCCCAAGGACGAUAUCACUAUCAACGCCGUCGCCCCCGCAGCCACAAUCACCAGUCUCCUUCCGCUCCAUUUGGCCAAUCCCAUCAUCGCCGCCGGCCUUCCGGUCAGGAGCUCUGAUUUCGUGGGGCUUGCCGUUGUUUACUCCGCAGUCGCCAGCGAGCCUCGGAAGGUGGAGCCCUACGGGAAAGAUUCGGAUGAUUGGGUGGGCACCCCUGGCCGGUGGAAUGGCCGGGUGAUCUUGACACUUGGCGAUCGAUACACGGAGCUUGAGGGGCCCUUGGCUGCUCUGCGGGAGAAGUGGUUUGGGGAGGAAAAUAACCGACUGACUCGCCAACAGCAGAUAGCAACCGAUUUCCGCUUAGAUUGA